AUGGGCGAAGAUAUGACAAAUGACUCAACGAAUGAGUUCCCGAUCGACAAAGCACACUACAUAUAUGAAUCGUUCCCAACACUUUUCUAUGCGCAAGGAAUCCCAAACGAAACAGCGAAUCAACUAUACGAAUCAUUCUUAGCACUGCAACUUACAAAAGAGAAACAAGAGACUCCAGUCCCGAGCGAAGCUCUCUUGUACAUACAGGCUCGACGCUUCAUUAUCGAAUUAUUUGGGAGUCCAACACCCAAGGUGACUCAAGGCCUUGAUGGACCGAAGGCGGAAUGCCGAAAUGUUGUGCAAGAUGUGGAAGCAGAUUGCGGCAUAUUCGACAGCAAUGCGAAUGCUAAUUAUACGCAGUAG